AGGGGGCGGGGGCGGUGGGGAAUCAUGCUGCGCCGGGCCUUGGCCUUGUUGAUUCACCCUUGUUUUCUCCCCAGCAGCGCCGGUGGUGGCAGCGGGAACAUGUUCUAUGCUGUGCGCAAGGGCAGGAGAACGGGAGUGUAUCGAACCUGGGAAGAAUGUAGAGAGCAAGUUGACAAGUACCAAUAUGCUAGUUUCAAAAAAUUUGCCACAGAGGAAGCUGCUUGGGAUUUUGUAAAUGGCGAGUCAUCACAAUCAGCAAGUAACAGCAGUGUGGCUUAUGAAACGCAGAGAAAUGAUAAUAAGGCUACAUUCUGGUCAGAUUAUAGCUCAUACAAGAGACCAAAUGAAGAGCCCUUAGAAAGCCAGCAUAAUAGAAAACGGACAAAAUACACUGAAGUUCCUCACACAGCUUCAGGGAAUAAUCUUUCAUAUAUGGGAGACUAUGCAGUUGUUUAUACUGAUGGAUGUUGUUCAAGUAAUGGGCGUCAGAAAGCACGUGCUGGAACAGGUGUCUAUUGGGGUCCUGGUCAUCCUCUAAAUAGUAGUGAGAGACUUCCUGGGCGGCAAACUAAUCAAAGAGCUGAAAUACAUGCAGCUUGCAAAGCUAUAGAGCAAGCAAAGAGCCGAAACAUCAAGAAACUGGCUAUCUAUACUGACAGCAAGUUCACCAUUAAUGGUAUAACAAACUGGGUUCCAAACUGGCAGAGUAAUGGUUGGAGAACCAGCACAGGGAAAGAUGUAAUAAACAAAGAGGACUUCGAAAGGCUUGCUGAACUUUCAGAAGGCAUGGACAUCCAGUGGAUGCAUGUUCCAGGUCAUGCAGGAUUUACGGGAAAUGAAGCAGCAGAUCAUCUAGCAAGAGAAGGAGCUGGAAAACCCCAAUCAUAGCAUUUUGGAAUUACAAAGUUCUUUUUGAGUUCUCUGGCAGUGGUAACAAUGAGUUUGUUAACCCGUGGCAUUUCUAGUUAACAUGAGGUUUUUGUUGAAUCUCCACCCAGCUGUGUUGGCAUUCAGAAGACUCACAGGGCCGUACUUUCCUCAAGAGGCAUUUUCAGGGUUAUAAUAGAAAUUAAUUCAAUUUCUGUUGGAGUUAAGAUGCCUGAUGUUUUUAGGCAGCACAUUUCCACUCACCGCUGCAAGUUUGUGUUUAAGUUUUGUAAAGCUAGUUACUUCAGAAGCAUUAAAAUAUAUCAGUAGGGUGAUGGACAACAGUAUGUUUUCCCAUUGAGCUUUGAAAUAAAGAUUUCUGUUUUUACUCUAA